AAGAUGAUAUUUCGUGCAAUAGUAGUAUGUACAGCAGGCUCCUUAGUAAUGCCUACUGGAGCUUAUAAACUAAAAUCAGAGGGAGAAAACACAGGAAAUGAUAUUGAAGAUAACGAUAGCAUUGACCCUAUGGAUUUAGACAAAGGAAGAGCUUUUUCUGAUUUUAGGGAAAUUGCUGCUCUUGCAAGAGAUACAGGAACCCCGUGCUGUCAUAGAAUUGGAUUGGAAGCGGAGGAAAACCAUGGAAUUUGGAUGAUUCACUUUAACAAGCUUGGAACGUACACUAUAACAAACACACUUGUUGGUGGAAGAAAUACAUGGAUAAGUGAUACAGACCCUGACUUUGUUAUUACUUGGUGUGGGACCUUCUGGCAUGUUGGACAUAAAGAGCAAGCUGGGGAAUGUAAUGGAUAUAUUUCAUCACCAAAUGAUGCUCUUUGCUUCGAUGGUGUACGAGAUUUGAGAUAUUAUGUACAUUGUAUCAAUGAGUGGGUAGAUGCAGGACCAAGUAAACUCAGGAUUCGCUGUGCGCAAAAAAUUAGAGUUUACAAAAAAGUUCAGCUCUGA